AUGGAGUUCGAUGAGCCACUUGUGAACGAGGCGAGGUCCUUGGUCCAAAGAACCCUGCAAGAUUAUGACGACCGCUAUGGCUUUGGCACCAUGAGCUGUGCGGCCUAUGACACAGCAUGGGUAUCGCUGGUGACCAAAACAGUCGAUGGGCGUAAACAAUGGUUGUUCCCUGAGUGCUUCGAAUUUCUCCUAGAAACGCAGUCCGAUGCUGGCGGCUGGGAAAUUGGCAACAGCGCACCCAUCGAUGGGAUCCUCAACACUGCUGCUUCACUGCUGGCAUUGAAGCGCCACGUCCAAACAGAGCAGAUUAUUCAGCCGCAGCACAACCAUAAAGACCUGGCCGGGCGUGCGGAAAGAGCGGCGGCGUCUUUGCGAGCACAGUUGGCGGCUCUGGAUGUGUCGACAACGGAGCAUGUGGGCUUCGAAAUCAUCGUCCCGGCCAUGCUCGACCUUCUCGAGGCCGAAGACCCGUCUUUGGUGUUCGAAUUUCCAGCACGCAAACCACUGAUGAAGAUCCACGACGCUAAGAUGUCGCGAUUCCGACCAGAGUACCUCUACGGUAAACAGCCGAUGACGGCAUUGCAUUCGCUCGAGGCCUUUAUCGGGAAAAUAGACUUCGACAAAGUACGGCAUCACAGGACACACGGUUCGAUGAUGGGGUCGCCCUCGUCGACGGCUGCAUACCUGAUGCAUGCUUCUCAGUGGGACGACGAGUCUGAGGCCUAUCUACGCCAUGUCAUCAAGCACGCAGCUGGCCAGGGCACCGGAGCUGUUCCGAGUGCAUUUCCUUCGACGCAUUUCGAGUCUUCCUGGAUCUUGACAACGUUGUUUCGAGCUGGGUUCUCAGCCUCUCAUCUAGCAUGCGACGAAUUAAACAAGCUGGUAGAGAUCCUCGAAGGCUCAUUUGAGAAAGAAGGGGGUGCUAUCGGUUAUGCUCCUGGGUUUCAAGCAGAUGUGGAUGAUACCGCAAAGACCAUCUCCACUUUGGCUGUGCUUGGGAGAGAUGCCACUCCCCGGCAAAUGAUCAAGGUUUUUGAAGCCAACACACACUUUCGGACUUACCCUGGUGAAAGAGAUCCAAGCUUGACUGCCAAUUGCAACGCGCUCUCGGCUCUUCUUCACCAGCCAGACGCAGCAAUGUACGGCAGCCAGAUUCAGAAGAUCACAAAGUUUGUUUGUGACUACUGGUGGAAAAGUGACGGAAAAAUCAAGGACAAGUGGAAUACCUGCUACUUGUAUCCAUCGGUCCUUCUCGUCGAGGUGUUAGUAGACCUUGUAUCCCUGUUGGAGCAAGGAAAGCUACCCGACGUGCUGGAUCAGGAGCUGCAAUACAGGGUCGCCAUUACAUUAUUCCAGGCCUGCUUGCGACCGCUACUUGAUCAAGAUGCUGAUGGAUCAUGGAACAAAUCCAUCGAAGCCACAGCCUACGGCAUUCUAAUCCUUACGGAGGCGCGGCGAGUAUGCUUUUUUGACCGUCUUAGUGAGCCUCUGAAUGAGGCUAUUCGACGCGGGAUUGCGUUUGCAGAUUCGAUGAGCGGUAAUGAAGCUCAGCUGAAUUAUAUAUGGAUCGAGAAAGUGAGCUACGCAUCUGCUCUUCUGACCAAAUCAUACCUCCUCGCAGCUCGGUGGGCGGCAAAGUCCCCGCUUGGCGCUUCCGUUGGAUCCAGCCUCUGGACGCCUCCGAGAGAAGGCUUGGAUAAGCACGUCCGUCUAUUCCACCAGGCAGAGCUCUUUAGGUCGUUGCCGGAGUGGGAGCUGCGCGCGUCCAUGAUCGAGGCAGCCCUGUUCACUCCUUUGCUGCGGGCGCACAGGCUGGACGUAUUUCCACGCCAAGACGUCGGCGAGGACAAGUACCUGGACGUUGUGCCGUUCUUCUGGACGGCCGCCAAUAACCGCGAUCGCACGUACGCAUCCACUCUGUUUCUGUAUGACAUGUGCUUCAUCGCCAUGCUUAACUUCCAGCUCGAUGAGUUCAUGGAGGCUACAGCGGGAAUACUCUUCCGGGACCAUAUGGACGAUCUGCGCCAGCUCAUCCACGACCUGCUUGCCGAAAAGACGAGCGCCAAGUCAUCGGCCGGAAGCAGCCAAGGAACCAAAGACGCGGACUCGGGCAUCGAAGAAGACGUUUUUAUGAGCGACUCAGCAUCAGACUCCCAGGACCGCAGUCCUGAAUACGACCUGGUCUUCUCUGCGCUCUCUACCUUCACCAAACAUGUCCUACAACACCCCUCAAUCCAGUCAGCCAGUGUCUGGGACAGGAAACUACUCGCACGCGAGAUGAAGGCAUACCUUUUAGCUCAUAUUCAACAGGCUGAGGACAGCACGCCCUUGAGUGAGCACAAGGACGUCCCUCAAAAAGCUAGCGUGACACGCGUCUCAACAUCCACAACGACUUUCUUCAACUGGGUACGCACAACAUCCGCAGACCACAUAUCCUGCCCGUAUUCAUUCCAUUUCGUGGCUUGUCACCUCGGCGCCGCGCUGAGCCCCAAGGGCAGCAAUGGCGACUGUUACCCGUCAGCCGGUGAAAAGUUCCUCGCGGCCGCCGUAUGCCGCCAUUUGGCCACGAUGUGCCGCAUGUACAAUGACUUGGGAUCGGCGGAGCGCGACAGUGACGAGGGAAAUUUGAACUCACUCGACUUCCCCGAGUUCGCCGACCCAGCGGGGAAUGGUGGGAUUGAGAUCCAGAAAGCUGCCUUGCUCAGGCUGGCCGAGUUCGAACGCGACUCGUAUCUCGAGGCUUUCCGGCGACUUCAGGAUGAAAGCAACCGCGUUCACGGACCGGCUGGUGGGGAUGAAGCCAGACUCAGCAGGCGGCGCAUGGCCAUCCUUGAGUUCUUUGCCCAGCAGGUGGACUUGUAUGGCCAGGUCUACGUUAUUCGAGAUAUCUCGGCCAGGAUUCCAAAGAACGAGGUUGAGAAGAAAAGGAAACUAGAUGACGCUUUCAAUUAG